AUGUCUCAGGUAUACUUGCAUUCAGCUAAUCAGACUUUGUGUGCAUCUACAAAUUGUACAGAACUGAAAUUAAUCACUGAUAAUGAAACCACAAAUGAAAAAUGGACCGAAGACUCCUUUCCAGGAUUAGAAAUACUGUGCACAAUUUAUGUUACAUAUGCUGUGAUCAUUUCAGUGGGUCUCCUUGGAAAUGCUAUACUCAUCAAAGUCUUUUUCAAGAUUAAAUCAAUGCAGACGGUUCCAAACAUCUUCAUCACCAGCCUGGCGUUUGGAGACCUACUGCUUUUAUUAACUUGUGUGCCUGUAGAUGCAACACGUUAUAUCGUGGAUACGUGGCUCUUCGGAAGAAUUGGGUGCAAGCUGCUGUCUUUCAUCCAGUUAACCUCAGUUGGAGUAUCAGUGUUUACCCUGACUGUUCUCAGUGCUGACAGGUACAGAGCCAUUGUGAAGCCCUUAGAACUGCAGACUUCGGACGCGCUCCUGAAGACCUGCUGUAAAGCUGGCUGUGUUUGGAUCAUCUCCAUGAUAUUUGCUAUCCCAGAGGCUGUUUUUUCAGAUUUGUAUUCUUUCAGCAAUCCUGAGAAAAAUGUAACUUUUGAGGCAUGUGCCCCCUAUCCUGUCUCUGAGAAGAUCCUGCAGGAAGCUCACUCCCUGGUUUGCUUCUUAGUGUUCUAUAUUGUACCCUUAGCUGUCAUUUCUGUCUACUAUUUUCUUAUUGCCAGAACUUUAUAUAAAAGUACAUCCAACAUGCCAGCAGAAGAACACGGUCAUGCCCGUAAGCAGAUUGAAUCCCGCAAGAGAGUUGCAAAAACAGUGCUGGUGCUUGUUGCUUUGUUUGCCUUUUGCUGGCUGCCUAACCACAUCCUCUACCUAUACCGCUCUUUUACAUACCAUGCUUCCGUAGAUGCUUCCACCUUUCAUCUGAUAGCUACUAUUUUUUCCCGUGCCUUGGCCUUCAGCAAUUCCUGCGUCAAUCCUUUUGCUCUUUAUUGGCUCAGUAAAAGUUUCCGGCAACAUUUUAAAAAGCAAGUCUCGUGCUGCAAGGAAAAAUUUCGUACAAAACCUCCCAGUGCUGCCCACAGUAACACGCCUACCAGAGCCCUGUCAGUCACGAGCAGCAUGCACGGCUCCGAGAUCAGCGUGACGCUGCUCACAGAUUAUAGUAUCACAAAAGAAGAGGAAAGCGUUUAGUCCCUCUGGGAUGAAGAAAGACAGAAAUGGAGCCUUUGCAAUCAAGUCACUUACUACUGGGAUCCUGGAAGGAGGUGCCAUGCCUCGUCCUGGCUGUGAAAGAGUUUCCAUCAGGAGUUUCUCAUUUUUUUAAAAUAUACAAUAAAGAAAUCAAACUGCGUGGCAGAAGAAGCUGAAACAGCUGGACUUCCCAGCACAAGCUCAACGGGAUUGCUCGUGUUCCCCAGCACAAACACGGAUCCCUAGCUGGAAUUCCUGGACCGGGCAGGACAGGAGUCUGCAGAGUUGGUGUGAGAAUUGGCUGUGAGGAUGGUUUUGUUCUUGGUGACUCGCUAUUUCACUUGUGACCGAGAGCUCCCUCUGUCAAGUACUUGCAUCUACAGCAAGCAAGCAAAACCACGGAUCUUCAUCACACAGUCAACCAGGCAGAUUUUUUAUUUGUUUCUUUUCUGGUCCCAAAUGUUAAAAAUUGGAAAAUACAUCAGACAGCAUACUAAAAUGAAAGAGAGAUAAGGGUUGUACAGUGCAGUAAAAAAAGCAAAAGUGUGAUGGGCCAGAUCCACGUUGGCCUUUGCUCUGUCAGUGACUGAAGCUCUGGGUAAGAACUGCCGGCUGUGUAAAGAGAUGCCCAGCUCAGUUCCUAUGGCAGUCAAGGGAUCCAGCAAGUGAUCAUCUCUCUAAAAAAGCUAUAAUCAUCUUUACCCAUACUUGUAAAAUUCUUCGCGAUCUAUGGGUAAAACAUCUCAACAGCACAGAGUUCUUUAUUGUUAUAGUGGUUUAACAUCAAGAAAUCAGGAUGGAUCUAUAUUAGAGUUCUAGUUUGGAUUUACAGCGCACUUCAGAAGCAAACUGUUCAAACAUCCCCUCCUGCCGCACUUCGCUCUGUCCCCCAAUGGUCUUGAGUGCACAACCUGUAUUCCACUCAGAUGAAAGUGUGUGUCCAGUCCACAGAACCAGACUAGAGUGAGUUUGAAGUAAAGACCCUGAAAGUGUACAAUAUGGGGGGGUCAGACCAACCAUUUACCUCUGCACAUUCACUCCUGCUGGAGUGAACAUGGUCAUAUCUCAGUGACCUGCACAUUCUCAAGCAUCCUGGAGACCUGGAUUUUUCUGUUGUACUAAGUUUAUAUUCUUCAAGUUAUCUCUUUUGAUAUUAGGAUAUACUGUCUUUAUUGGAUAGGCCUUGUAAUCCCAAAUCCACUGAUUUUCUGACUCUGCAUGCAGAGGCAAGUCAGUGACAGCUUGUCACCACCAGCCUGUCCGUCACUAAAAGCUGGUGAUAGAAUACACAAUAGAUUUUCCAUUGCUUGAACUAAGGGACUUCUAUCUCAAAAAAUAAUUUCUGUAUUAAAAGUAUAGAAGUAAGGUUGCAAUAUGUGAAUUAAGCAAAAUACUGCUGUUGGUCACAGAAGUCUCAGUUUUAACUAACUCCUCCAGCUGCACAGAGCCCCUAACAACACACGGCUGGAUAUCCAUCCAUCCAUCCAUCCACACACCAUUAUUUGAGCUCAUUAUAAGAUGAGAAAAUCUAUUUGCUGUCUCUCUCUGUUGACUGCCCUAAUCAGAAUAAUAAAAUCAAACUAUAAAUCCCAAGGGCAUUGGAAUACAACCUCCGUUGUCAUCUUAAACCAGUUUAAUGACAGUCCAUUCUAAUCCCAUCAAGCCUGAGCUUAUUUUACUACACUCUGUGUUAUGAGCUGCAAGGCUAUAAGCAUUAAUUUCCAAAUGGAUUGUCUCUUUUAUUGUACCAAUUGUACACCAGGAUAGGACCAUUGAAAUAAAUAGAAAUGUAACAGUGGAGAAAUACAAUUUAUGGCAAAGCAGACUCCAGAGACAUUAUUUUACUCUCUUUGUCUUAAUAUAACAUGUUUCCUGGUACUGAGCUAUGUACAAAUAUAACAAACAUAUUGCACUGAUAUUUUCUCCUUCUCUUUUUUCUUAAUGGAGCUGCAGGGUGCGACUGAAGUAAGUAAAUAAGCCUACACACUUAGAAGCCUAAUUUUAUUUUCCUGCAUUGUAGUAUAGGGAAUUCUAAACAAAAGAAAAAUCAACAAACAUUACAGUCCUUUACAUCAUUCUUUAUUCUUGCUUAUUAAAGCCUCUGGAAAACAAAUCUGCCACGUUUCUGGACUUCAUAAUUUGUCUCUGUUGGAGACCAAAUUUCCCACUACAAAAUCCUUGUCUACACCUCACAGCAGCCCUUAAAACCCACAGUUGCCUAAUUCACCAUUUUCCCGGCUUUGCAUGCAGUGACUUUUUGCUCCUGUAACUGCUUCUCUAACUGGAUGGUCUAUCUACUGCUAAUAUAUCCUGUUACAAAAAUGAUGCUUUUGCUAUAUGCUGCACGUUUUGGUUAAAGACUGGCAAUAUUUCGAGCCAUAAUUUAACUAUUCUGUGUACUUUAUGCUUUUAUAAUUCUGUACUUUCAAAUCUUCAUGACAUGUUGUAUUGGAGUGAUACAUUGAUCAACAUUUAUUUUUAUCUAAACAAUCUGAUAUUAUUAAUUCCAUCACUUCCUCCAGGAUGAUUAUUUAUGAAAUGUCUUCACAUUACCGUAAUUGGAUUUAGGAGAAAAGGGUUCUUUCCUUCGCAAUCUUUUCUCAGUGUUCCAAAAAAGCCUUUCUUUCACCCCUAGGUAAGGCAAGUGUAAUUUUAUAAAAGCAUAAUGUUUAUUUACAGAAAUAUGGAGUGUUACCUAGCAAAAACCAGUCAUGAAUAAUUAGGUUUUUACUAUUUAUAUCAACAAUGAAAGAAUAGGUAGAAAAAAAAGACACAAAAUACUGAAAGGCAAGACUCCAUCAAAGGUCUUGAUCAUGUGGAGUCUUAUUAAGUAAAUACAAUUUCUUGGAUGUACCUUUUUAUACUUUGUUUUGUGAAUGAGAUGAGCACAUUAACAGCUUUGAUCCAUAGAACUGGAACAAUUAAUGUUCACGUUAGCAACAAGUUUAGUAUCAGUAUUUGUGCUGUCGCUAUGAGAUGCUGGUUUAGCUUAAAAAAAAAUCCACAAAAAUGAACAAAACCAUGUCAAAGCACAGAGAUAGUGCAACAGACUGCAUCUCCAGCAAAUGGCAUGGAAUAUUAAAGUCAGUUAUGGAAUUAUAGACAUUUUAAAGUUUGCCCUCUUGUUUUCAUAGCAAGUAUUGUUUUACUUUACAUAGUUAAAUAUGGGCUGCCUGCUGACACUCGUGUUUCUGCUAAGAAAAUUACCAUUAAAGAAUAAGCUAAAGUUACACACAGCUACAGCACUUACACAUUUAAAUCAGUGUCACCUACAAUUAACAAACAAACAAACCAACCAACUAUAAACCAGGCUCUAAUUAGCAUUUAGUUAUGGGUUCUGCCACAGAUGGUCUCCUCAGUGCAAGGUGAACUGUCUUGUGGAAUUUCCUUUGCCAGCAUAGGAAAGGGUACUGAAUUUUUGGUGCAUCUGGAUAUGGUCCUGUCAUUUUUUGCACCAUGAAGACUCCACUUUCACUAGGCUGUGUAACAGCUACAGGCUCCAGCCCCACGGAAAGCCCAGAGAGGCAUAACCUCUCUGUACUUAAUCACUAAUUACUGCCUCCUUGAUUUAAUGUAACAAAGCAUCUUGACCUAAUUAAGCAUUACCCCGUGAAUUGCUGGUACCCCUCUAACAGCAAAACACCGCUACAAAAAACAAGAUUUUGUUACUUUUAGUAGGUGGUAUCUCCAGACCAACAGUCAGCUCUGAUGAACCAAGGUUGCCCUUUAUCACGCAAGAGAAUUGGACACAGACACAAAAUCAUCAUGCUCAUACCUCGUUUUAAUAUCUGAGACGUGGUCAUGAUUUAAAACACCAUUUCUCAACAGCUUAGACUGAUCUGAGCUGUGUAAUACCAGAGAUCUUCACACCAUCCCCAGAACAUGCAGCAGCAGUGCUUAUGCAGCCAUGGAUUAUAUAAUUUCAAGGAUAUGAUUCUCAGAAAACUGUCUUGAACCCCCCAAAAUGAGGCAUUUCCAGCUGAAUCAGCUCCCUGAGCUGGCUCACUCUUCUGUCUUUACUGAAGAGGAACAGAACAGACGGUGGCGACACAGUUAGAAGCUGUGGCACUGUAGCUGCCAUCACACAUGCUGUUAUCUAUCUACACAAAGCAUGAGGGAACUAGAGGCACUUUGUCCUUGUAGCUGCAUCAAAGUGGCACAUAUCAGAUUUACCGUGUGCCAACCCUGCUCUCAUUUCCAUCAGAUUUGAGAUUAAAUUUGGAUCUCCUGCUCCUCAGGACAGUGUCCCAAGGAUUUGCUGUGGGCAAAUCUGUGCACAAGGGAAAUCUAUACCAUGUGGGCACAGGCUUCACUAUAUUUAGUCAGGUUAUGAAUGUAAAAGCUCUGCCAAAAUCAAAUAACCAGUUUAAAACUCAAACUGUAUGACUCUUACAAUUUUUAAGGCUAUGAUUAUCUUAUUUCCAGUCACGUAUCACAUUCCAAUUGCUAUAAGCCCGGUUUAUGUUAAGCCUCUUGUGCUCCUCACCAAAACCCAACAUCUAUUUGAGAGCUAAUACAAAUAUCUCUUAAGCUGUCAGUUUAUAAGUGAUCACAAAACAAUCUUGGACAACUGUCGUAAUAGCCCUGCCAAGAGAAAAUUCUUGAAGCAUGAAAGAUGUCAUUAACUAGGCUGGACGUUCUUUGUGUAACAGCCAAAGGUUACUAGAAGUCUAUAUUUAUAUCCUCAGCAAUUUCAUCUGACAGUCUGUCAACUGGCCAGUUAGCUGCUGUUGGCUUCUCCCUACAGAGUUGCACAAACUCAAGAUUGUGUCUUUGAUUUUAUUAUCAUUCCAGUCCGUAUGACAGCAAGGAUAUAUUUGCUCAUUUAUUCUUGGAACACUCAUUUUCAGAAAACUUCUGUACUGAAUAUAAUUUUAAUUUCUGAGUGGAAAGAUUGCACUUUCUCAAAAAGUGGUACAAAAUUACAGCAUAAAAAGGCAGCCUCCAGUAUAGGAGUCACAGUUACAACAGCAGUUUCUAGAACAUAAAAUCCAAGACAAGCUGCUGUCACUGCUGGCUUUGAUGGGGCUGUUCAGAUGAAUUUUCAUUUAAAACACAUGCGCCAUUUUAAUACCUGGGCUUUGUAGCUCUAGGUUAAAUUUUGCUAACAAAACCUAAUCAGUGUGUUUCUUCAUCCUCUAAAUAAAAGCAACUUUAAAUACA